AUGGAUUCAUCAGGGGGGCCCCCCCCUCCCGACCAGGGCCCCUGGCCAGGCGAUGCCCGAAUGGCUGGCCUCAGGGAAACAGACCCAGCGGGGCCCUGUGCAUCGCAGAGGCCCCAUGGGGGGCCCCCCCUGCCUGCCCCUGUCUCUUACAGCACCUUAGGAGGGGCCCCCCAGCCUGUAUUCCAGGGCGUUGUCCCCUCCGCUGUCUCUUGCUCUCCCCCCAAGCCGCUUGAGCAGCCCGCCAUCGGCCAGGGGGCCCCCAUGGGCCCCGUACCCCUACAGCCCGAGCCGAACGAGGGGGCCCCCGUCCCUCCCUGGUUGCUCUUGCCGCAGCGACACCCAGCUCAGCCCCAGCAACAACAGCAACAGCCACAGCAGCAGCAGCAGCAGCAGCAGCAGCAGCAUCUGUACUACGAAGGCCAACAGGUGGUGCAGCAGCAGCUGCAUCCGCAGCGUGCCCCUGUGAUGCAGCAAGGGGGUGGGGGCCCCCACAGCGGAGAGGGGCCCCCUGCCCCUGUAAACAUGGGGGAGCUGCCGCCGUGGCAGCCCCCUAUGGACUGCUCAGCAGAACGUAGUGUUUCCUUUGCAUGCGCCAGCCCCUGCAUCCUGUCUACCCAGGCCGCGCCCCCCUAUGCUGUCUCCCCGCUACCAGCUGGCCCCUUCGUGGGGGACCUCCCCCACAUAUCAACGCAGCAGCCGCACCUGCAGCAGUGGCAGCCAGAGCUGCUGCUCCUCCUCCUCCCGGUGCUGCUGUCGCGCCAUUCCCCUUCGCGACACCCCGCUCAGCCCCAGCAACAACAGCAGCAGCCACAGCAGCAGCAGCAGCAGCAGCAGCAGCAUCUGUACUACGAAGGCCAACAGGUGGUGCAGCAGCCGCUGCAUCCGCAGCGUGCCCCUGUGAUGCAGCAAGGGGGUGGGGGCCCCCACAGCGGAGAGGGGCCCCCUGCCCCUGUAAACAUGGGGGAGCUGCCGCCGUGGCAGCCCCCUAUGGACUGCUCAGCAGAACGUAGUGUUUCCUUUGCAUGCACCAGCCCCUGCAUCAUCUCUACCCAGGCCCCGCCCCCCUACGCUGUCUCCCCGCUACCAGCGGGCCCCUUCGUGGGGGACCUCCCCCACAUAUCAACGCAGCAGCCGCACCUGCAGCAGUGGCAGCCAGCAGCACCUGCAGCAGCACAGAAUGAGGCCCUACAGCCUCCGCCAGGUCCUGCUGCUGCUGCUGCUGCAGCUGCUGCUCCUCCUCCCGGUGCUGCUGUUGCACCAUUCCCCUUCGGUGGGGUGUACCCACCCCUAGGCCUUGGCGGGCAGGCCCUAUCGAAGGCAGAGAACAAGAGCUCGAGGCCCCCAAAGGGAGGGGGGGCCUGCAGAAGAAAGACAGAAGCAGCAGGAGAAGGGGGGGCCCCCCCAGCUCCCCCAUCGGGUACCCGCCCGGCCAAGUUCUUUAAGCAGCACUCACCAGGGAAGGGGGCCCCCAAGCCACGAGGGAAAGGGUCCGGGGCUCAGGGGGUUGCUCAGGAGGACGGGGCCCCCAAGGACCCUUCAGCUGGCUCCGUAGGCUGCCAGGGGGCCCCCCAUGGGGGGCCCCCCUCUCAUGGGGCCCCCAUGAGGCCCCCUUCAAUGGGGGGGCACUGUAAGCCCCCAGCUACUGGGUUCGACAAGGGAGAAGGCAACAGCGGGGCCCCCAAGCCGAACCCCAGGCCCCGGGCUGUACGGCCAUCUGAGGUGAUGGCGAAGAUGUAUUUUCAUCCUAUACGGAUACGAGAGAGCCCGGCUCAUGUGCGAGUGGGCCCGCAAGUUUGUACUCCGCUGUUUCUAUGGUGUAUGCAACGAGCAGCAGAGUAG